AUGUGUGCCGCAUCGCUCGAUCCGGCGCGUUGGAGCCAAGCAGAGGUUGUGUUGCUUGAUAUCGGUAUACUGGCACGCCAUUCAUGGGCUGAUCCCGACUUCCAAUCCCUCAUUGCCGCCUUUCCAGACGACACCAAGCAGAGCCCCGAUGCUCUGCUCGCCCACGUACAAGACCUGACAUGGCACGACAUUAAAGCAGUGUAUUUGAAGCAACUACAAGGACAUCUUUGGACCACUGGCUUCCGCAACGGUCAUCUCAAGACCCCACUGUUUGACGAUGUGGUCCCCACGCUAGAAGCUUGGAAAGCUGCUGGCAAGACACUGGCCAUCUUCUCCUCCGGCAGCGUGCAGGCACAGCUCCAGUUCUUUUCCUACGUCAAAGAUGGAGACGUGACAAGAGACAUCAAGCCUCUCUUCUCUGCCCACUACGAUACCGUCAAUGCAGGCCCCAAGAUGGACAAAGCUUCUUACGAUAAGAUAUGCUCCGAGCUAGGAAAGCCUCCCUCCAAGGUUGUGUUUUUGACAGACAACGUAAAAGAGGCUGAAGCGGCAAUCGAGGCCAACGUCUACGCUGUUGUUGUCGACCGUCCGGGCAAUGCGCCGCUGUCUGAUGCGUCAAAGGCGAGGUUCCCAGUCAUUGAAAGAUUGACGGACCUGCCGUGA